AUGAGUCGGCCGAGCGGCUGGAGCAGAGUGGCAACAAACUUUUUCAAGUUUUUGAAGAAAGAUUGGUCUGAAAAGGUCUAUGUGGGUAAAGAUACUCAGGGUAUCUCCUAUUAUGAGCUUCAUGGCACAAGAAAGAACGUUUCCAGAGGAUUUGAGCCACCGUUUGACAAUUUAAACUCAAAGCCAGGUGUCGAAUGGUUAUCAUGGAUCAAAGGAACGCGAAGGUUUCCACCGAAUGAGCAGGAAUUGCUCUCGAAUGAAAGUCGACAACAAGCGCAAUUGGAACAAAACGAUGCCAUGGAAAAAUUCUCCCCUAAAGUUGGAUCAACAGGACCGCCUGCAGGUGGGCCAACUGCAGGACCUAAAAUUUACCCACAAUAUGACGAUUUCGAGAAAGCACCCGGUUACAAUCCAGAUAAAAUCAAAGACAAGUCC